AUGCAAGUGGUUCCUGUGGCUCCCUAUUCUGUCUCCAACGAUAUUAAGCCGAUCAGCGCAUCUUUGGAUCCCAUUUCGCCGCAGCACGCUUUGGCGCCGUCGUCUCGCUUGCCGCCUGAAGCGGAGUGCAUGGUCCUCGCCUGCACCGAAUGCUCCUUCCACUUCAUCAUCCCCCGCACCUCGCUGCCAAAAUCCACGCGGCCUAGUAGCGGCGCACACCAGGUAUCCUGCCCGUUGUGCCGCUCCGCGUGUCACGAACUUCCCUCCAAGGGCAGUACUAGCGGCAGCAGCAGCAGCAGCAGCGCGUCCACGGGAAGGGAAUCUAUGCCAGGCGCGGUUGAAGCAGGGCUCCGCGAUGAGGUCGCUGCUGCUGUGACGAGUGGGUUGGUGACGGCGGAUGGCGAAAAGGGCUUUGUCGACUCUGCAAUGGAGCAGUCAGACGGCUGUGCGGAAAACAACAGCGAAAGUGCCGGGGCUGAUGGGGCCGGACGGGGAGGGCGUGGCAAGUACGCGGAAGAUUCUUCGGAAACGAAGGCAGAGGCAGGGGGUAUGGUAGGUGAGGGAGAACUUGGGAAAGGCAAGGGGAGAGUGGGAGAGAUGGAAGGUGCAGGAAAGGAGGAGGUCGUGGCAAGUGAGAAUGGUGGCGUCGAUGAUAAAGAUGAUAGUUCCGCCGGGGCUGGCUGUGGGGGAGGCAGUGCUACUGCUGCGAGCACAGGCAUGCCGGCAGCAGCAGCAAGCGAGGGGGAAGCAGAAGAGGGGGAAGCAGAAGAGGGGGAAGCAGGAGAGGGGAAAGGGGUAGAGGGGGGAGCAGCAAGUGUCAUGGAGGUGGCAGCAGGAUCAAGUGCGCCAGUCCCAGCUGUGGCUCCGGCAGUGCCUGUGGCUGCAGUAGCAGCAAUGGUGCCAAGCACAGGACCUGUCGCUUCCCCUGCGGCAGGACCCUUGCUUCAAGCGGCAGUGCCAGCAGCAGCAACAGCAGCAGGGGAAGGAGCAGGAGGAGCAGGAGAAGCAACAAGGGCAGGGAUCGGUGCAGGUGCAAGGCCGGAGGAUGCGUUUGCAGCAGAGUUGUCAGCUCGGUUAAGGCGCAUAUCAAUCCGACACACGCCGCUCGCUGCACGCCCUCCAGUGGCGCAACACAGGGAGCAUGAGUGGCCCCCCUUUCAGCUCCCCUACUCGUUCUUCGGGGAGUAG